CAUUGAUCUGGUCUUCAAGCACUUGAUUUGACAUUGCACCAGUCUUCAUUGCAUCUCUUCCAUCACACAGAAACAGCGUCCCAUAUAAGUAUCUCUUCUUCCUUCACAAUCGAUCAAGUCUCACUUCCCAUCUUCUCAUCUCAUCUCAUCUCCAAGAAAAUCAUUUCUCCAUCCAUUCAAAAACACAUCCAUCGAAUAUCUGUGUAUUUUUCUCUUUAAUUUCCAAGAUGGUCAAUCCAUUCAUCUGUGGCGCCGGUGGCUUUCAUCAUCAAGAGGAAGAAGAAGACCAAGAUUAUUGCCAGUAUUCAUCGCAAAGAAAGCUAAGAAGGAGCGGCGGCAUCAGCUUGUUCAGAACCAGAGACAGCAAAAACCCAUACGCCAAUCGCGGGCUUGACAAAUUUUCUGCGCUCUUAGCCGAGCUCGAACACAAAAAGAAGGAGAUUUACACCCAGAAGGACUCGCAGAGCAUCUCCUUCGUUCGCUUCGUCUUCUCCGAUUCCAACAACUUGAAGCCAAUUGUGGUCAGGCUGAGAGGCAAAAGGAGAGACAAAGACAAAGACAAGCACAUAAGCAAAGGUUUAGCGCACAAUUCAGAUGAAAAAGAGGAUGGAAAGAGUCCGAAGAAGAAGAGGUAUUCAUGGAAGACGACAAUGGACAUGUGGAGGCCUUGCUGGUACUUGCCGGCGGCGAUGAUCUUGAUCAUGUUGCUUCUGGCGGUGUUCGGCCGAUCAUUCGCUAUAUUGUGCACAUCUUUUGGGUGGUAUUUGGUGCCGGCCAUGGCCAGAGAGAGGUCAAGUGCAAGACCUGCGGUCGGGGAAGAAGAAGAAGGAAUAUGCAAGAAGAACAUUGUGAGGGGCCAGUGGCUAUCUUCUUCUACAAGUACUGUUGAUGUUGCGGUGUCACCUCGUCGCCGGAAAAGCUGGUGAAAACGGAUACUUUUUGGGUUUUAAUUUCGUUGUCUUAGGACUGUAAAUGACACGGCCUUGAUUAGGUUAGAAAGUAGCUCAACAAACAGCUUUAAAUUGUCUAGUUGAGUUGGUUUUUGUUUUGUUUUGUAAUUUGAGUGCCUUCUCAUGAUCAUAACCCAGAAAUGGAGUUCAUAGGAAUGGUCGCCCAGCCAUCAGUAAAUAGUAUUCAUAUAACAUCUCUGUACAGAAAAUGUUGACAUGUUAUUUUAGGGUCACUUUUUUCCCCCUCAA